GCUGGGAAGACUUCGAGAAACUCAUCUUUUACCCGCUGGCGGAGAAGCCGAAGCGGAUUUGCCUUGGCAGCCCGGAUUUGUCUCCCCGAUGCGCAGCUGGCUGGGCGCUGCGCUCGUCCUUGGGGCGCAGCUCCGAGCGCUGUGGCUGGCGGCAGCAGUGGAAGUUCACACUGCCAAGGAGGUGGUGGCCGUGAACGGCACCAACCAGCGCCUGAAAUGCACCUUCUCCAGCAGCAGCCCCGUGAGCCAGCAGCUGUCAGUGAGCUGGAACUUCCAGCCCGAGGACCUGAGCGCCCACGAGCCGGUGUUUUACUUCCUGAAGGAGCCCUACCAGCCCCCCUCGGGAAGGUUUAAGGACCGAGUCACCUGGGAUGGCAACAUCGAGCGCCAGGAUGUUUCCAUCAUGGUCUGGAACCUGAAGCCCAGUGACAACGGGACCUUCACCUGCCAGGUGACAAACUGGCCAGAUGUGUAUGGCACCAUCGGGGAGGUGCGGCUCCGGGUUGUGCAGAAAGUGAGCUUCUCAGAAAUCCAUUUCCUGGCCGUGGCCAUCGGCUCUGCCUCUGGGCUGAUGAUCAUCGUGGUGACAGCCGUGAUCAUCUGCCGGCAGCGCCGCAGGAAGGCGCGAGACAGGAGGCUGGAGGCGGCGGACACCGAGCGUAAAGAAAAGGAGAGCCUGAAGAUGGGGGAAGAAAAGGAACCCAUUCCACUGGAAGAUUAAAGGUCUUUGCUGGUGUGCACAAUGCAGGUGCUUCCAAAGCAGCUGGUGAAAGCUUGUAAUUUGGGGUGUUAGAACAAAGCUGGAUUACAGACGCCCCACGCUGCCAGUGUGGGGCUCUGCUCAACCUGAAAGUCUGGCAUGGAAAGAGGGUGACUUUACCUGAGCUGUGAAUUCCCUUCAGUGAAGAAAAGCAGGAGGAUCUUGCCCCAUGAACAAAGAACUUCUCUUCAUCCCUUCACCUGUGGAAUGGGAGCUUCUCUGGAAGUGCCAAGACUGACUGAACAGAGGGCUGGGAGGUGUUUGAUGCACUCCUGCCCCUUAGAAACCACACCGUGCCUUUGUGCUGCCCUGGUUUCAUUCCCUGGGACUCCUCCCUGGCAUCCUGAGAAGGGAGACUGAGCACUGAGGUCUCAGCUGGUACAACAAAGGUCCCUGGAAUUCCUUUUCUGCAUUAGAUGGACAGAGUUGGAGCUGGGCAAGGUCUGCUGGUUGUUAUCAGGGACGUUCACCAGCCAGGGUGCUUAGCACAUCCUUCUCUGGCAGCUUUGGGAGAAUCUGGGAGUUGAGGAGAGUUUUCUGCCUGGGUUCAGCAGCUCCUCCCUGUUCCCAUUCCCACUGUCACCAUCCCAGUGCUCCCCCUGUUCCCAGUCCCACUGUCACUAUCCCAGUGCUCCCCCUGUUCCCAGUCCCACUGUCACUAUCCCAGUGCUCCCCCUGUUCCCAUUCCCACUGUCACUAUCCCAGUGCUCCCCCUGUUCCCAGUCCCACUGUCACUAUCCCAGUGCUCUCCCUGUUCCCAUUCCCACUGUCAGUAUUCCAGUGCUCCCCCUGUUCCCAUUCCCACUGUCACCAUCCCAGUGCUCCCCCAGUUCCCAUUCCCACUGUCAUCAUCCCAGUGCUCCCCCAGUUCCCAGUCCCACUGUCAUCAUCCCAGUGCUCCCCCUGUUCCCAUUCCCACUGUCACUAUCCCAGUGCUCCCCCUGUUCCCAGUCCCACUGUCACCAUCCCAGUGCUCCCCCUGUUCCCAUUCCCACUGUCACUAUCCCAGUGCUCCCUCUGUUCCCAUUCCCACUGUCACCAUCCCAGUGCUCCCUCUGUUCCCAUUCCCACUGUCACCAUCCCAGUGCUCCCCACUGUCACUAUCCCAGUGCUCCCCCAGUUCCCAGUCCCACUGUCACUAUCCCAGUGCUCCCCCAGUUCCCAGUCCCACUGUCACCAUCCCAGUGCUCCCUCUGUUCCCAUUCCCACUGUCACCAUCCCAGUGCUCCCCCCCGUUCCCCAAAACUGGAACCCACGGAGUUCUGAGGGUGUCUGACCAGCCCCAAAGGGAUCCUGUUACAGUAUUUACCCAGCCCCAAAUCACAGCAUUGCUCUGUUUGUUUGUAGAGUGUCUUUAUGGCUUUAUAACCUGUGAAGUGCCAGCCUUCCCUGGCUCUUCCCUGGCUGUUUUCAUUUGCACUCACCUGUGUUGUAAAUAAAGGCACCUUGCUGAGA